GGUAUAAUCCACGGUGGCGAAAGCAGCAGCUGCAGCAGCAGCAGCAGCCCUGGCUGGCAGCUUCAAUGCCUGGCUUUGCACCAAUCUUGGUUGGUUGCAGCUGCUCCUUCAAGCAGAUCCCAAUGUUGUCUUCCCCGCUUGUCAAGCCGUGACUCGGAGUUGAUCAUUUUUGUACUGUACUACUCCAGCCUGGACUGAGUCCAGUCCUGCUCACUUCCUUGGUACGAUCAGCCGUUCUACGAGUGGUCUAGUGGCCUAGACUGCUGAAUUGUCGUUCCCCGCUUUGCUACUCCAUCGCUACUAGCAGCAGUAGUCCCUCUCGUAACCUGCCGUCGAGAGAAUUACUCGUGGCCAUCGCAAUGGCGGCGCAUUGGCCUGCCGCUCUCGUUCUGCUGCUAGCCCUGGUCGUCGCUGACGUCACGGCCACCUCAUCUGACGCCAAUCCAGCGAUGCUCGAUGUCUUUCCGCCGAUUUCCCCUACCGUUCCCGCCGCACGGGAUGCCGCCUUGACCGCCGCCACCAUCGGCCGUAAGGGCGGCAGCGGCAUUGGCGGGGGAAACGACGCCCCAUGGCCAUACGCGUGGGGACGCGAUUGGAGCAACGGUAACUUAUCAUUGAGCGAUGCCGGUUCCAACAGCGCAAGCGACGCGGUAGUGACGAGCGAGUUCGACGCCAUGGCGUGCAGCGCGGCCGGCUUGCUUCACCGCGCCCCUGCCGGUAACACGGCGGCCGGCAAGACCGAUCUUCCCUCUGCUGCUGCCGCUGGCACCGCUGGCGCCGCUGGCGGUCCGCUUGGCGGCAAGGGCGAGGGGAAUGCGGCGGAGAAGGACCAUUCGACGAAGCUGCAGUGGGACGUGUACAGCAUCAGCGGGCUCGUUCUCACCGCAUGUUGCGCGCUGCUGGCGAACGCGGCGGGGAUCGGCGGGGGGCCGUUCUACAUGCCGCUGUUCAACUCCUUCCUGGGCUUCACCGCCAACAGCGCCACGGGCCUCUCGCACACCAUGGUCGCCUCCAGCGGCAUCGCCAGCACGUUCUACGGGCUGAUCCAGAGCAGUCCGCUGGACCCGUCGCAGCCGCUGAUCGACGUGCGCCUGGCGCUCACCUUCACCCCCGCGCUGCUCCUGGGCGUCAGCUGCGGUGUGCUGCUCAACCCGCUGCUGCCGCCCUGGCUGCAGACGUCCCUGCUGGCGAUCCUGCUGGGGUACGUGGCGCGGGAGACAGGCAUCAAGGCCAGCAAGGCGUGGGAGAAGGAGAGCAAAGCCGCCACUGCCAGGCACCACCAGCAGCAGCAGGAACCUUCCUCCACCUCCUCUUCCUCCUCUUCCUCCUCUAUCAACGAGCCUCUGCUCUCCCAGUCAGCCGCAGCAGCACCUACCUCCUCCUCCUCCUCCUCCUCCCCUCUCUCCCACAUCCCUUCCAAGCGCCGCUGGCUGGACCCCUCCAGCGGAUCUGGGCGGCUGACUGACUUCGUGGCCCACACUGCCGCCCAGCUGCUGCCACUCGUGGGGCUUGGCGUGCUAUGGGUGGCGAUGAUGGCUCUUGAGCGCGGGCUGGCCGGCACCACGCGUUGCAGCCGCCCGUUCUUCCUCUACUGGGCGGCACAGACACUGCUGUGCCUGGCUGCCACUGCUGCCAUGGUGGCGUACCAGGUGCGUGCAGCCUCCGCCAACCCGGAUGCGGAGGGGGCGUCAGCACUGUCGCGGGUGCUCAUGGCUGGGCAGCAAGAGGAGGACGGGGCAGCUGAUGGCGAAGUCAUGGAGGCGAGGAAGAACCGGGCUGCCCGGAAGAUAUUCAAGGUGGUGGGCGUGAUGGUGGUGGCGGGAGUGAUGGCGGGCGUGCUGGGCAUCGGAGGGGCUCCUCUCUUCAACCCCUUCAUGCUCUCUCUUGGCAUUCCGCCCCAGAUCACAGCAACCACCUCAGUGAUGAUGGUGCUGUUCGGCAGCAGCAGCGUGUCGCUCUCCUUCCUCUUCCUCGGCCGCCUCAACCGCGCCUAUGCAGCCGUCUUCGCCCCGACCGCCUUUGUGGCCUCACUGCUGGGCGUGACACUGGUGGGCGGCAUAGUGAAGCGCACAGGCCGGGCAUCCAUCAUCAUCUUCAUCCUCACGGGGAUCAUCGCUGUGGGGGCGGCGCUGACGGUGGCGCUGGGCACGCCGAGGAUUGUGGACGAUGUAAUUCACGGCCGGAACCUCUGGUUCCAUCAGCUCUGCCCCGCCAAGCGCUGCUGAGGAGUAGAGCGCACACACAGUACGGUAGCGCAUUGGUUCGAUAGAUAUAUCUCUCCAUGUUGCCCUUGGGACGCUGCACACUGAGAAACAUUGCUGUCGGGUACGCUAGUUUGGGGAAGAAAGUGUUGCACUUGCAUGCCAAUCCACUGUAUGCUGUUGGCUGCUGCCAGCAACUCACCUCAAAUUAGUAUUUUCUGGUGUGGGUGUAGCAUCCGUAUUGACCACUACCUUUGGCAUUCCCAUAAGCCUUCAGAAUGUAAGACCGCCA